GAUGCGCCACUCUGAAAAAAGCGAAGUAUGACAUGGGUGAUUGUCGCCACCAUUUUACCGGGCUGCCUCGACUACCGACAUGGCGUCUACAUCUAAAUCAUCAUCUCACUGCUCUGCCAUUAAUUGUUCUAAUCGUAAAUGUAGACGGCCCGACCUGUCAUUCUUUAGGUUCCCCAAUAAAAAAGAAAGAUGUCAACAGUGGGUCCAGAAUACUCGUCGACAAGAUCUCCUACACCGAACUCCGGAGUACUUGUCAGCCAACUGUUGUCUUUGUUCUUUACACUUUGAACUUGACCAGUUUUCCAACAAGCAAGCCAAGAACAGGCUAAAUUGGAAUGCAGUUCCAACGCUCUUUGACAUUCCUAACCCGCCGAAACGUCUGUCUUCCCAACGCAGGUUACUCAAGAGGAAGAAUGAGAACCUCCCAUCCUCACCAACGCCUUUAAAACAGCAAAGAGUGUCACACAACAUACAGGACGAACAUUCUUACUGCUCAGCUGCAGACAAAAUUCAUCAGAAAGAACCCAGCAGUGUCUCGACAACUCCUGAAACACCUGAUCUUCAAUUCACACCAAAUGUAAAUGACAGCAGAGGUCUGAAGAAGGAAAGACAGCGUGCUUUCCGCCUCAAAAAAAGAGUACAACAGAUUAAAUUAUCAAUGGGAAAGAAUACUACAGAAAGUAAGACAAUUAGUGACUUGAUCAGCUAGUGUCUUUGCACCAAACCAUGGUCCCACU